AUGAAUGAGCCAGCGUCUCCAACUGUGGCUGCAGCGCUUGGUGCUACUGCAGGGGAUGAAUUCGCUUGGCUGCGUGAAACUACAACAAUUCAAGUAUCAAGUAUGCUUGGGAAUCUAAAAACAGUCAUAUUUGGUCACCUUAACGUUCGUUCUAUCCUGUCUAGUUUUUCUGAUUUUGUGGAUAUAUUAACUGAACAAGAGUACGACUUUUUCGCGGUGACCGAAACAUGGCUGACUAGCAGUAUACCUACUGGAGUUGUUAAAGUUCCAGAGUAUAAUUUUUAUCGCUGUGAUAGAGGACGAAGAGGUGGCAUUGGCAUUUAUAUUAAAUCUAUGUAUCAGAUUAACAAAAAUGCCUACGACUCACAAAUGGAAAAAUGGGGAGAGAGCUAAAUGGGUGUAAAUAAAGCCGCCAGACAAUUUGGAAUACCCAAAACAACGCUAAAAGAUAGGAUUAAGAAGGAAGACGGAAUAAAACAACACAGGUUCAAAAAGUGUUUCUUCGUUAACAUCAAGUGAGAAGGGCAAAACAAUUUCGGUUAUAGUGAGCUGCGAUGCAGAGGGAAUGUUUCUCCCACCUUACUCGAUAUUGAAAGGUAAAAAUAAAAAAGAUGAGUUUUCAGAAGGAAUGCCACCUGGCUAUCAAAUUUCUAUGUCGGAGAAAUCUGCGUAUAUGAACGCUUCCAUUUUCAAGGAUUGUUUGGAGUUUCAUUUUUUGCCAAGAAAACCAGCUGGAAAAGUGUGGCCAUACUUCUCAUACCAAUUCUGUGAAAAUACUGGAAUUUUGUGAAGCUAAUGACAUAAUGCUACUUUGUUUACCGAGUCACACGACUCAUUAUCUGCAACCGUUGGAUAGGUCCUUUUUUAAACCUCUGAAAAACCAUUACUACGCGGCUUGUAACAAUUUUUUAAAAGCAAAUCCAAGUAGGAAAAUAACAAGGAUACUUUUUGGAAUUCUUUUGGGACAAGCCUGAGGCAAAUCAGCGACUGUGGAAAAUGGGAUGUCUGGUUUUAGAGCUGCAGGCAUUGCACCCUUUAACCCAGAAGUUAUUCCAAAUUACGUUUAUAUUAAUAUUCAAAUGGACCAAGAUGCAGAGACCAGGUCUGGUUCAAAUAGUAACGCUAAAAAUCCGUCCUCUACUUCGACUCCGCCCCGGUCCCCUACCGCUCAGAGCACUAAUACAGGCAUCUCUGCCUGGUGGUUCGCACGAUCCUGACAGUGCAAUAAUUGAGAUUUACCCCACACUCAACUCUACACCAGCAAAAUUGUUGGAGAACGUGAUUUCGCCAAUUCCAAAAACUAGCGCAAAAACAGCAGUUAAAACACGAGGUAGGCAGUUUGCAACUAUUUUAAACAGUUCACAACGCAUUGAGUUUCAGAAGGAUAAAAAGAAUACAAAGAAAAAAACAAAUGUCCAAUUCAGAAAAAAAAUGUAGUUAAACAGAAAAAACUAUUAGAAUAUUCAGAUUCGGAGAGCGAAAGUCCAGUAUUGCAGGAAAGUGAUACAUCAGCAGAUGAAUGGGACUAUUACUAAUGUGUAGGAUGUGGGGAAACCGAUAAGAACGACGAAUGGCUCAAAUAUGCGGAAAAAUUAAAAAGAAAAGUCGAAAAAAUUAAAUUUAUUUAUACGCUCUAAUUCUACGUUUCGUAUUAUACUGUUCUAACAUUUUAUGUUUUUUUAUUUUUCGAAGUCAAUCUCACCCGUAGUUGGUGGUCGGUCUAACCCGGACAUCCGGGUGAGAUCGACCAGUUACAAUGUUUAAACUUUUAGUUCAAAAUAAACAUUUGUG